GGAGCGGUUCAUCCACAUCAUUCACUCGCUUGCCGGCGCAGUCGACACAAGCAUCUCUUCCGUGAGCGCAGCAAGCACGUAGCGCAGCAUAGCAUCACACGCAAGUGUCAGUUAUCAGUUAUCGUUCGCGACUUGACAGUGCAUAACAAUCAGUGAUAAAGACAAUGGCGCCCACCACAUACAUGGUCUCUUCCUCGGAGUACACCGAAGAACCUAUCUCUCGCACCUACCAAUACCGCAAAGUGAUGAAACCACUGCUGGAGCGCAAACGGCGCGCCAGGAUUAACCGAUGCCUGGAUGAACUUAAGGAGUUGAUGGUUAGCACGCUUCAAAGUGAGGGCGAGAAUGUCUCAAAAUUAGAAAAGGCUGAUAUUCUUGAACUCACCGUACGUCACCUGCACACCCUCAAAAGACAACACCAGCUCGUCAUCCCCAAUGAACCUACGUACACCGAUCGCUUUCGCGCUGGAUUCACGCAGUGCGCGCAGGAGGUAUCACAGUUUAUCACAUCGCCGGCGGAAAUCAUUGAACCGACGGCCGGUAAGCGCCUCCUGCAGCAUCUCGGUGCCUGUGUGCAGCAGCUCGACCAAGGACCGCAGUCGCCGUCACCUCAACCCAACCAGCAAGCGCCACGCUCGCCGCCAAUGAACGCUCAUCAAGGGCAGCCGUCGCCGGCGCACCACUACGAGCGAAGCUACACGCCGCCCACGUCACCCGCGAACAACACCAACAAUCAGGCGUCCAUGUGGAGGCCGUGGUGAACGCAUUCUCGACCUAGGGGGUUCGCAAAGUGCAAAUACGGACGAGAGUCUUCCAUUGAUUACAUUUAAUUGUUGUUGAGUUUUUGGAAGCGGGGGCAAUCAAAGAAAUUUAACAAUCGACUAUGAACUUUUGUAGCUUUAAUUCUGUGAUAUUUAAUAAGCUUUUUGUUGUAUAUAGUAAACAAUUAUUACUUAUUUUCUUUGAAUAAUUUUAUAAUGUCUUUAUGAGAAAUGACUAUUAUUGUACUUGACUGAACUAUGUAAACACUAGACAAUUAGUUGUCAAGUUAAAACUUCGAAAAUUCGAUCAACACAAGCAAUAAAUUUUGUUUGAAACAUA